CCCCCAUGUUAUUUAUUUUUCUGCAUUUUAUUCCUUGAUAUGGGCGAAGUCGUGGUGCCGGUACCACCUCGCCUUCUCGUGGCAGCGUGACAACUUUAUUGUUCACCACAGCCCUCUUUUUUUUUUUUUUUUUUUAAUGGGAUCGUCCUUUUUUUCUGGGGAAUUACCCGUCGUUUUCCUUCCCAAUUAUGUUCACUUUUGCUGCCUUCUGCUAUAUGCUGUCUCUGGUCCUCUGCGUGUCUCUCAUCUUCUUCGCAAUAUGGCAUAUAACAGCUUUUGAUGAGCUCCAGGCUGACUUCAAGGUGCCAAUUGAUCAAGGCAACCCACUCCAUGCGAGGGAGAGACUGCGAAACAUCGAGAGGAUCUGCAACCUGCUGAGAAAGUUGGUGCUACCAGAGUACUCGAUCCAUGUUCUCUUCUGUAUCAUGUUCCUGUGUGCCCAAGAAUGGCUGACUGUGGGCCUCAACAUCCCCCUGCUCUUCUACAACACAUGGAGUAGGUACUUCCAUUCCCCAACGGAUACCAAGGAGUUGAUCUACGACCCAGCUUCGGUUAUGAACGGCGACACGCUCAAGUUCUGCCUGAAGGAGGCCUGGUGCAAGCUAUCCUUCUUUGUCCUGUCCUUCUUCUACUAUUUGUACUGUGUGUGGAACCUGGAAAUAUCCCUCUAAUAGGUCUUAUCAAUGGGAACACUUAAAGUAUGGUCUACUCCCUGGUUACCUCAUAACAACUGACUUAUCACGAACUGGAGAAGCAAAAACCCUCUGGAUACACAAACUGCCGUUUUUCACGAGAGUGAUUUUUGCAAGAGACAUAAAUUUAUGCAUCUUUGCUGCUUCACUUUCAACUCAAAAGCAAAGGGACAAGGUCAACUAUACAUACAAAAACUACCAUUCACAGUUUGAUUAGAAAUAUUGAGUUGAUCAUAGCCUGGCGAACAAAAGUAAUGUUAACUCUCUCUCACACACACACACAAGAACACACACACAUGCACUCACAUAUACAGCUUCCUCUGGAGUGUUCCAGUUAUUUAUGGUCUAGUAGCAGUGAUGGUAGCGCACAGGAUGAAAAGCAUAGUAGCAUUUGCACAGUUUGUCUCAGGCACAGCAGUACUGCCCGACCCAGCUCAGCUCAGCAUUCGCCCGGCUUCGGAACCUCAACGACCGUAGCAACAGUGAGUCAGAUACGGAGGAUGCAUGGAUAAACUGGAUCACACUGCGAAAGGAAAAACCAUUUGGGGGCGGCACCAAUAGCAGCACAUACAUAAAGUACAUCAUGACUUAGUGUGGUGGGCAUUUUGAUGUACUCUUUGUCAAAAGGCAUUUCCAACUGAAACAUGGAGGUUCUGUAUACAGCAAAUGCCUUCUUCAUGUUUUAGUGUUGUCCUAUGAGAAAUAUUUCUAAAACUCCCAGCUAAAAGGAAAUGUGUUAAAAGUUUUAUUUACCCACACAUUUGCACAAAAAGGGGAUUUAAUCUUGCACAACAUUUGCGAUAUUUGGCUGUGUGUUCAUGAUCAUGUAUGAUAGUUCAGGCACCCAGGUGAAGGUCUUCCAGUAUGUAAAAUUUAAAACAGGGAAGCUACUGUAUGUGACAAUAUUGUAGCUCUAUUAAAACAAGGGACCAAAUGCUUUUUGGGUAAUAAUUUAUUAUGUGUGAGAUUUUAUUGCAUCCAUAUUUAUCUAAAUGAUUGUUGUUUUCCAACAUUAAGAAUGAUGAAUGAAGCACAAAUGGACAUUGUUGAUUGGAAUCCGUCACUUAUUCUAUCCAUUCUAAAUCUAAUAAAAGCAACUGUAGCAGCUGAUGUAGGCGUCAUCACAACUGACACUAUUUACACAACAUAUGCUUGCUAUAACACGAUUCCCUUCAAGUAAGAUAUUACCUACAUAAAUAGGUCACAUGGCAAAUAUGUAAUUUUGUCAAUGCAGAGCAGGCAUUUCCCAAAUAUAGUCUGUGUCCUCGUCCAAACCACCGCCUGUUCCCAAUGCUACCACCAUCAUGGAUUAGAUUGGAAGUCCUGCAUUUUUUUUCCUCUGUAUUUUGCCCUAUUCAAAUUCUAGCAUUUUCUAUCCUUACUGUGUAUGUGAAUUUAGAUAUUGUUUAUGAAAUAAACUAUUUUAAAAUCAAAAGUAUCAGUAUCUUUUAGCAGUAAUUAUGCAUUAUCCUGUUUAAAAACAAAUGCCAGAGAAAAUCAAAAUCUGUGUCCCUUUUUUUCUGGAACAGUUUUACUGUAUUAGUAGAGUUUUUAAGCUUCCGCUGUGGUAUUAUAAUUGAGGUUUAUUGAGAAUCAGACUUGAUCAGUUGAACAGAACAAAGUUUCUAGAAGGGAGAGAGAAACAAAGACAAAUCACUAAUUGUAAACAGGAUGAGAGAAGUAAAUCAUUACAUUAUCUCCAACAAUGAAACAUCAAUAUGAGUGUUGCAUGGGACUGUAGUGCUACACCCUGUGAGGGAAGGACAGGACAAGAUAAAACAGGACAAGGACAGGAGAUGAAGCAUGCGGGACAAGGGUCGUGAACCCCGCUAUACAACAGAACUGUGGUGGCAUUAAUUAUGUGAAUUAUAAAAGUCUACAGGACAAGAGUAUAAGUGAGGGGAUAGACAAGCGAUUUGCAUAUUGUGUGUGCCUGCGGAUACAUGCAAGUGAAUUGAUAUCAUUUGAAAUGCACCAAGACUGACAUAAGUGUCAUGGAAUUGCUGUGGCCGCACCGCGGCAGCUGAGGACACCACCCAAUCAAUCGAGGGGCGGGAACAGGCCCAGGGGUCCACCCGAGAGCAGCCCGGUGGCGUGACAUGUCCCACACCGAGGGACCCAGGGCGGUCUGCUGGCCCCACCGAGGCGCC